GUUUCCGUAGGAAGAAGCGCCGGGAAAGAUGGCGGCGUCUGUGGUUUGAAUUCCAGCGGCGCCACCAGAGUCUGAACAAGAGCUGGGGUGGAGGGGGCGGGGACCCGGGGAGCCCGGCGGGUCGCUACCGCGGGGGGUACUAGUGGCGCCGCCGCCACAGACACCAACGCAGCCGCCACCUCUGUAUCAGUGAUGGACUCGGUGUUGGAAGAGGACGUCACCGUCCCCGGGACGCUCAGCGGCUGCAGUGGCCUUGUUCCCAAUGUACCAGAUGACCUGGAUGGCAUCAACCCCAGUGCUGGCUUGGGAAAUAGUGUGCUCCCAAAUGUGUCAGAAGAAACAGUGUCUCCCACCAGAGCACGGAACAUGAAGGACUUUGAAAAUCAAAUCACUGAAUUGAAGAAAGAAAACUUUAACCUAAAGCUCCGCAUCUAUUUCCUUGAGGAAAGAAUGCAACAGGAAUUUCAUGGCCCCACUGAACAUAUCUACAAAACUAACAUUGAGCUCAAGGUGGAAGUAGAAAGUCUGAAGCGGGAACUCCAGGAGAGAGAGCGGCUGCUCAUCAAAGCUUCCAAAGCGGUUGAGAGCUUAGCUGAAGCAGGUGGCUCUGAAAUCCAGCGGGUGAAAGAAGAUGCUCGAAAGAAGGUGCAGCAGGUGGAAGAUCUCCUAACCAAAAGAAUACUCCUUUUAGAAAAGGAUGUGACAGCCGCCCAGGCAGAACUGGAAAAGGCCUUUGCAGGGGCAGAAACGGAGAAGGCUCUUCGGUUGCGUUUGGAAAGCAAGCUUUCAGAGAUGAAGAAGAUGCACGAGGGGGACUUGGCGAUGGCUCUGGUCCUGGAUGAGAAAGACAGACUGAUUGAGGAGUUGAAGCUGUCUUUGAAGAGCAAAGAAGCUUUAAUUCAGUGCCUUAAAGAGGAGAAAUCUCAGAUGGCAUCUCCUGAUGAGAAUGUGUCAUCUGGAGAGCUCCGAGGACUUUGUGCUGCUCCAAGGGAAGAAAAGGAGAGAGAAACUGAGGCUGCACAAAUGGAGCAUCAGAAGGAGAGAAACAGCUUUGAAGAGAGGAUCCAGGCACUUGAGGAGGACCUGAGAGAGAAGGAAAGAGAAAUUGCUACAGAGAAGAAAAAUAGUUUAAAGAGGGAUAAAGCCAUUCAGGGUUUAACCAUGGCAUUAAAAUCAAAGGAAAAAAAGGUUGAAGAACUUAACUCUGAAAUUGAAAAGCUCAGUGCUGCCUUUGCUAAAGCCAGAGAGGCCCUGCAGAAAGCACAGACCCAGGAAUUCCAGGGGUCUGAAGACUAUGAGGCUACUCUAUCAGGAAAGGAAGCCCUUUCGGCUGAGCUGCGCUCACAAAACCUCACCAAGAGUACAGAGAACCACAGACUGCGUAGAAGCAUUAAGAAGAUCACCCAGGAGCUGAGUGACUUGCAGCAGGAGAGGGAGAGACUAGAGAAGGACCUGGAGGAAGCCCAUCGAGAGAAGAGCAAAGGAGACUGCACCAUCCGUGAUCUUAGAAAUGAAGUUGAAAAAUUACGCAAUGAAGUGAAUGAAAGAGAGAAAGCAAUGGAAAAUCGUUACAAGAGUCUUUUGAGUGAAAGCAAUAAAAAAUUGCACAAUCAAGAGCAAGUGAUCAAACAUCUAACAGAAAGUACCAAUCAAAAGGACGUGUUGCUUCAGAAAUUCAAUGAAAAAGAUUUGGAAGUAAUACAGCAGAACCACUAUUUAAUGGCUGCAGAGGAUCUCGAGCUCAGGAAUGAAGGCUUAAUAACAGAAAAGUGCUCUUCUCAACGGUCACCAGGCAGCAAAACCAUCGUCUCUAAGGAAAAGAAACAAUCAUCAGACUAUGAAGAGCUGAUUCAGGUCUUAAAGAAAGAGCAGGACAUCUAUACCCAUCUCGUCAAAUCUCUGCAGGAAUCAGACAGGAAGAGGAAGGUUUUUGUUUUUUUUCUGAAUGAAGCACCUUUUGUUCUCCCAACUCCUCACACCUUGAAAAGAUUCUCAAGUUGGGAAAACAUAAAUGACAGACACAGGAGCAGCAGUAUCAACAACCUGCAGGCUGAGUUAAACAACAUUUUUGCCCUGCGGAAGCAACUGGAGCAGGAUGUGCUUUCAUAUCAGAAUUUGCGGAAGACCUUGGAGGAGCAGAUCCGCGAAAUUCGGAGGCGGGAAGAAGAAUCAUUUUCACUUUAUAUUGAUCAAACAUCUUAUCUAAGUAUUUGCCUUGAAGAAAACAAUCGGUUUCAAGUGGAACAUUUUUCUCAAGAAGAACUUAAGAAAAAGGUCAGUGACCUCAUACAGCUAGUGAAGGAGCUGUAUACAGACAACCAGCACCUGAAGAAAACCAUUUUUGAUCUCUCCUGCAUGAGUUUCCAGGGAAAUGCGUUUCCAGAUAGACUUGCAUCUACAGAACAAACAGAGCUUCUGGCUAGCAAGGAGGACGAGGACACGAUCAAAAUUGGAGAGGAUGACGAGAAUAAUUUCCUGAGUGACCAGCAUUUGCAGCAGAGUAAUGAGAUUAUGAAAGACUUUUCCAAAGGAGGCUGCAAAAAUGGAUACUUAAGGCACACGGAGUCUAAGAUUUCAGGCUGUGAUGGGGCCCACGCACCUGACUGCCUAGAAGAAGGCGCGUUCAUAAACCUGCUUGCCCCUUUGUUGAAUGAGAAGGCCAUAUUGUUACUGGAAUCCAGGCCAGACCUUCUGAAAGUGGUGCAGGAACUGCUUCUGGGACAACUAUUCUUGACAGAGCAGGAAGUUUCUGGAGAACACCUUGAUGGUAAAACUGAGAAGACACCUAAGCAAAAAGGUGAACUUGUACGUUUUGUCCAAACCAACUCAUUUUCCAAGCCACAUGAUGAACUGAAGUUGUCUUGUGAGGCCCAGCUAGUAAAGGCAGGUGAAGUGCCCAAGGUAGGCCUGAAAGAUGCCUCAGUGCAGACUGUGGCCACAGAGGGCGACCUGCUCAGAUUCAAGCACGAAGCAACGAGAGAGGCUUGGGGAGAGAAACCGAUCAAGAAUGCACUCAGCACAGAGCAUCGGCCAGAGAACCUGCACGGGGUGCCUGGGUGGCAGGCUGCCCUCCUUUCCCUCCCUGGAGGGACCAACAGAGAGGCUAAGAAGUCCCGCUUGCCAAUCCUAAGAAAACCAUCCCGGUCAUUAGGAAAUAUGUAUCGUCUCCCUGCCACCCAGGAGGUGGUGACGCAGCUGCAGAGCCAGAUCUUGGAGCUGCAGGGGGAGCUGAAGCAGUUUAAAACUUGUAAUAAGCAACUUCACCAAAAGUUAAUUCUGGCUGAAGCAGUGAUAGAGGGGAGGCCAACGCCCGACAAAACGUUGCUGAAUGCUCAGCCCCCUGUGGGAGCAGCCUACCAGCACAGCCCAGGAGAGCAGAAAGGAAUUAAAACCACAUCUUCUGUCUGGAGAGACAAGGAAAUGGACAGUGAUCAGCAAACAAGCUACGAGAUCGACUCUGAGAUUUGCCCACCUGAUGACCUUGCCAGCUUGCCAUCAUGCAAAGAAAAUCCUGAAGAUGUUCUGAGCCCAACUUCAAUAGCUACUUACUUGAGUUCCAAGAGUCAGCCUUCUGCUAAAGUCAGUGUGAUGGGGACUGAUCAGUCAGAGAGCAUUAAGACCUCAAAUGAGACAGAAUACUUAAAACAGAAAAUCCGUGACUUGGAAACUGAGCUGGAAGGCUACCAGAAUUUCAUAUUUCAGCUUCAAAAGCACUCCCAGUGCAGUGAGGCCGUUAUUACAGUUUUGUGUGGGACAGAAGGGGCCCAGGAUGGCUUGAGCAAGCCCAAGAGCGGUUCUGAUGAGGAAGAAAUGACCUUUUCAAGUUUGCACCAAGUGCGAUAUGUGAAACACAUGAAAAUUCUCCAUCCGCUGGCCCCAGAGAUGAUUGAUGGCCGGAUGCUGGAGAACCGGAUGCUGGAGGAACAGGAAUACGAGCUGCAGAAGGAGCAGAAUAUGAACAUGCAACUUUUCAGUGAGAUCCAUAAUCUGCAGAAUAAGUUCAGAGAUCUCUCACCUUCCAGAUACGAUUCAUUAGUUCAGUCCCAAGCCAGGGAGCUCUCCCUUCAACGGCAGCAGAUUAAGGAUGGCCAUGGCAUCUGUGUCAUCUCCCGUCAACACAUGAACACCAUGAUUAAGGCAUUUGAGGAGUUGCUGCAGGCCAGCGAUGUGGAUUACUGCGUGGCCGAGGGUUUCCAGGAACAGUUGAAUCAAUGUGCUGAGCUGCUGGAGAAAUUGGAAAAGCUAUUUCACAACGGAAAAUCAGUUGGAGUGGAAAUGAACACCCAGAAUGAACUGAUGGAGAGGAUUGAGGAAGACAACUUAACCUACCAACUUCUUCUACCUGAAUCUCCUGAGCCUUCAGCCUGUCAUGCGCUCUCUGAUUAUGAAACUUCUGAAAAGUCCUUCUCACAAGACCAGAAGCAAGAUAAUGAGACAGAGAAGACUUCAGUUAUGGUGAACAAUUUUUCUCAAGACUUAUUAAUGGAACACAUACAGGAAAUUCGAACUUUGAGAAAGCGUUUAGAAGAAUCUAUUAAAACAAAUGAGAAGCUACGGAAACAGUUGGAACGGCAAGGAUCUGAAUUUGAUCAAGGUUCUACAAACAUUUUUGCUUCUGGUUCAGAGCUUCAUAGUUCUCUAACAUCAGAAAUUCAUUUCUUGAGGAAGCAGAACCAGGCCCUCAAUGCAAUGCUUAUUAAAGGAUCCAGAGAUAAACAGAAGGAGAAUGACAAAUUACGAGAGUGCCUCUCCAGGAAGAGCGCGAGCCUGGAGCACCUUCAGCGGGAGUAUGCCAGCGUGAAGGAAGAAAAUGAAAGGCUGCAGAAGGAAGGCAGCGAGAAGGAGAGACACAACCAGCAGCUGAUCCAGGAGGUCCACCGCAGCGGCCAGGAGCUGAGCAGGGUGCAGGAGGAGGUGAAGUUGAGGCAGCAGCUGCUGUCACAGAAUGACAAGCUAUUGCAGUCCCUCCGAGUGGAGCUGAAGGCGUAUGAGAAGCUGGAUGAAGAGCACAGGAGACUGAGAGAGGCGUCAGGAGAAGGCCGGAAGGGGCAGGAUCCUUUCAGGGACCUGCACAGCCUCCUGAUGGAGAUCCAGGCUCUGCGGUUGCAACUAGAAAGGAGCAUCGAAAUCAGCAGCACUCUGCAGUGCAGGCUCGAGGAACAGCUGGCAAGGGGGGCAGAGAAGGCACAGGAAGGAGCCCUCACUCUGGCUGUCCAAGCCGUGUCCAUCCCUGAGGUGCCGCUUCAGCCUGACAAACACGUUUCAGAGACUCCUCUACUCUCUGGGAAUGACGUGGACUCCCUCUCCUGCGACAGUGGCAGCUCGGCAACUAGCACUCCGUGUGUGUCCCGCCUGGUCGCUGGCCACCACCUGUGGGCCAGCAAGAAUGGCCGCCACGUCCUGGGCCUGAUUGAGGACUAUGAGGCCCUGCUCAAACAGAUCGGCCAGGGACAGAGGCUCCUUGCUGAAAUGGACAUUCAAACCCAAGAGGCUCCCAGCUCCACAAGUGAAGAGCUGGGAACAAAGGGUCCACACCCAGCACCACUGAGCAAGUUUGUGAGCAGUGUGAGCACAGCCAAGCUGACCCUGGAAGAGGCCUACAGGCGGCUGAAGCUUCUCUGGAGAGUCUCACUCCCCGAGGAUGGCCAGUGCCCCCUUCACUGUGAGCAGAUUGGAGAAAUGAAGGCAGAGGUCACCAAACUACAUAAAAAAUUGUUUGAACAAGAAAAGAAGUUGCAAAACACCAUGAAGCUUUUGCAGCUGAGCAAGUGCCAGGAAAAAAUCAUCUUUGAUCAAUUGGUCGUAACCCACAAAAUCCUUCGGAAGGCCAGAGGAAACCUGGAGCUUAGGCCUGGGGGAGCCCAUCCAGGAACAUGCAGUCCCAGCAGACCAGGCUCCUGAGAAGAACUUUCAGCCAAUAAAGCUUGUGCUUCCCCCACCGAGCUCACGCUGUCUCUUUGUUCCAAGUGUGGUUCCUAUUUAUUGAGGAAGAAAGAGCUGUCUGGCCAAAGGAAAUCUAUUUUUUCCCUUCAUGUUUUCUCUCUGAAAGUUGGCUUGAGAGUUGUUGUCAGAAAGGUGCAGGUGCUCCACAAACGGGUGGUAAAAAGGCCUCGAGCUCUUGGAUGUUGCAUUUCAGAUCAGGGGCGGGCACCGGAGCUGAGGCUGUGCGCCUUGGUGGGCUUCACGUCUUCCCCUGGAUUUGCUUAGUACUCAGCCAGUGCCGCAGUUUGAAGAUUCUCAUUAAAUGAUUCAUUUCAUUUCA